UGGUGACUGCAGCUAACGUACAUUUGCGAUCCUUGUAGCGUGAUGAUGAUGACAAAAAUAUUUCUGACACUUUUGGUUAUCUGCUGGGUUGGAAUAUGCUCGUCUCAACCAACCAAACAAAAAGACAUCGAGGUUUGCGAGAGAGAAUUUUUUAAGUGUUUUAAAGACAGCAAGACUCCAGAUGUUUGUCGCUCUACAUUCAUAACUUGCGUUGACACUUCUAAACAAAACGAACACGAUACAAUACCAGUUAGCAAAGAAGUAUUUAUGUUAAAUUUUAAGUGUUGUUUCAAAGAUCUCACAAGCUGUUUAAAGGUAGCUGGUACAAACAAAACAGGUGUUAGAAUUUGUAAACUUCAAAUGUUUGGGUGUACGUUGCGCCAUGGAAAAUAUUUACAACAGUCUUCGCCAAAAUCAGCUUGGUUGGGCGAUGCUCCGCGUGCUAUACAGGUAGCAGUUACAAAUCAUGUCAAGUGUUACACGAAACUCAACGAAUAUUGUUGCACGUUAGAAUAUCACAAAGAAGUUGAGGUUAUGUUGGUUAGGGAUUGUUUUCAUAAAUUGCUUCAUUGCCGACGUGAAGGAAGCACCGAUGAAUUUUGUAAAAAUGCUUGGAAUAAGUGCUUCGAGCCAGAUUGCACGCGAUGCACAGAAUGUAAUAGAGCCUACUACAGCAAAGUACCAUUACUAUUCCGAACACAUGAUCUACAGAAUGUGCAGGCAUGUGAUGGAAAAAGUGACAUCAAUCAAUUUAUACAGUGCGUGUUGGACCUUCGCUUGGCUGAUCUCCCUUCACCUAAUGACAGAAAAAAGGAGUGUUUCGAAAUCUUACGCAAAAGCAAGUUGGACGUGAAGAAAGCUAUUGCCAAUUACCAAACUUGUGUCGGAUCAAACUCGAGAGCAAGUAGUCCAAAAGUUGAUUGUCUGAAGAUAAAGCAUACAGUCAGAAGUGGCAGAUAAAUUUCCUGCGGUUCCGUCUAUAACUGUUCUUUCUUUAAAUAUACACAUUUUACAACUUGACGUGAUAGGACGCCAAAUCAGUUUAAAUCACAAUAGCUUUCAAUUUAAAAGUUAAUACUGUGAAAAUGAUUAUAUAAAAAAUUUAAUAAAUUCUAAUUUUUACU